AUGAGGUGGCUGUGGCCCCUGGCUGUCUCUCUUGCUGCGGUGUUGACUGUGGGGUUAAGCAGUCACCAAGCAGCUGCCCAGGAGCAGCAGAGGCGAUCUAAGAGAGGCACUGAGGAUGAGGAAGCCAGGGGGGUACAGCAGUAUGUGCCCAAGGAGUGGGCUGAGUACCCCUGGCCCAACCACCCUGCUGGCCUGCAGCCCACCAAGCUCUUAGCGGCCACCAGCCCCAACCCAGACAAGGAUGGGGGCACCCUGGGCAGUGGGCAGGAACCGCAGGGCAACCUGACGGGGACGCCGGGCCGGAGGCUGCAGAUUCAGAACCCCCUGUACCCAGUGACCGAGAGCUCCUACAGUGCCUAUGCCAUCAUGCUCCUGGCCCUGGUGCUGUUUGCCGUGGGCAUCGUGGGCAACCUGGCCGUCAUGUGCAUCGUGUGGCACAGCUACUACCUGAAGAGUGCCUGGAACUCCAUCCUCGCGAGCCUGGCCCUCUGGGACUUCCUGGUCCUCUUCUUCUGCCUCCCUAUUGUCAUCUUCAAUGAGAUCACUAAGCAGAGGCUGCUGGGUGACGUUUCUUGCCGGGCCGUGCCCUUCAUGGAGGUCUCCUCUCUGGGAGUCACGACCUUCAGCCUCUGUGCCCUGGGCAUUGACCGCUUCCAUGUGGCCACCAGCACCCUGCCCAAGGUGAGACCCAUCGAGCAGUGCCAGUCAAUUCUGGCCAAGCUGGCUGUCAUUUGGGUGGGUUCCAUGACGCUGGCUGUGCCCGAGCUCCUGCUGUGGCAGAUAGCACAGGAGCCCGCCCCCACCUCGGGCACUGUAGACUCCUGCAUCAUGAAACCCUCAGCCAGCCUGCCCGAGUCUCUCUACUCAUUGGUGAUGACCUACCAGAACGCCCGAAUGUGGUGGUACUUUGGCUGCUACUUCUGCCUGCCCAUCCUCUUCACUGUCACCUGCCAGCUGGUGACGUGGCGGGUGCGGGGGCCUCCAGGGAGGAAGCCGGAGUGCCGGGCAGGCAAGCACGAGCAGUGUGAGAGCCAGCUUAACAGCACUGUGGUGGGCCUGACAGUGGUCUAUGCCCUCUGCACCCUCCCCGAGAACGUCUGCAACGUCGUGGUGGCCUACCUCUCCACUGAGCUGACCCGCCAGACCCUGGACCUCCUGGGCCUCAUCAACCAGUUCUCCAUCUUCUUCAAGGGGGCCAUCACCCCGGUGCUCCUCCUGUGCGUCUGCAGGCCGCUGGGCCAGGCCUUCCUGGACUGCUGCUGCUGCUGCUGCUGCGAGGAGUGUGGGGCUACGGAGGCCAUGGCCAACGGCUCGGACAACAAGCUCAAGAGCGAGAUGUCCUCCUCCAUCUACUUCCACAAGCCCAGGGAGUCACCCCCACUCCUGCCUCUGGGCACACCGUGCUGA